AUUCGAUUUAAAAACAUUCGAUUUUAUUUGUUUACCACACGCCGGCAAAGUUUUAUUAGAAUUUAAAUAAAUUUGUAGUAAUUUUAGAUUGAUUCAGCACUGACGAACUAACCAUGUCACAGCUUAUGCCGCCAGAGAACCUGGGCAGCCGCGUGCUUACUGUUUUGAGUCUUCCUCUGCUGGAGCGCCUUCAGGAACUAAGUAUCUUGUUCGACAGAUGCUCCUUACGCCAGAUCCAGGAAAUAUAUCCCCACAUCGUGCACUCUGUUUUCGGGAUUAAUGGUAAUCCCUUGGGAUGGGGCCUGCGGACGACAACGCUGGAGAACAAUCCACUGCAGUUCCAAAUGCUGCAUCAGUUUUUUGGAAUCUGUGGGUCCUGGAUGCAUCUGUGUCACCGCCUCUUGGCUGACCAGUGCAAGUUCGAGCUGGAUGUCAGCCUACUGCCGGCUAAAUUUGUGAGCAUGCUGCAGGCGGGGCAAAAUCCAAUGUUUUAUGGGGAUCUGAUAAAUAUGGACCCAUUAAGGAACCAGUUAGGGACGCUUUCGCUAAAUGCCUUCGACUUCUACAUUAUACACUUCGUUUUGUACGCCCUACAACCCCUUCACUCCAUCAAUCCGAUCGCUAUGCAGAUACACAACGUGCGAAGCAAAACCGUGUAUCUUAAACUGGUAUCUGAGUACCUUAACAACUACCUGCCCCUGUUUCCAGAUGCGCGAAUAGAGCCUGUUCAUUUUAGUAGUGGUGUAAAGGCACCCCAGCCUCUACCAGCACAGGCUCUUCAGCCAUUAAGGCAGCCACGUUACCUUAAAAUACCGUCGUCGUUCCUUAACGGAGGAAAUGUUUCUGUUGGAGUCAGUUCAAGCAGCAAUGCCAGCGCCGGUAAUACGUCCCCCCAGUCGAGUGGCGCCAGUACAGGUGCCGCUCGAGCAUAUGCCUGGCGCUCCGAGAGUGUGCUGCACUUUUUUGUGGACAUUUGGCUGCGCUACGAUAUAGAGUCGGAGCACCACCUUCCAAGCAGCGAUUUUGUACGCGGAGUACGCACCCUAGUAAAGCAGAUCCAUUUCUUUGCUAACGGUGCCUCGCAGGAUCACAGUUCACUUUGUUGCUUGCGUAAGGUAUCCUUAGGUAUGGUUAAAUCACGGAUCUACGCCUUUAUUUGCGGCCUAAUUGAUCGCUGGCCGCUGGAUAGCUCUCUCAUGGUGGUGCUAGAGCUCUGGUUGAGCUAUAUACAACCCUGGCGUUAUACCAUGGCAGCUUUGAACAACAAGUCAUCUGGACUUGCCUACCUUCCACCAAUUUCAUCCUGCUUUGAUGGCUUUAUCAUAGACAACCUCAUAAUGUAUACGCACAUCUUCAUACAGCUUUUACCGCGAUUCCAACGUCUGGAUUACACAGUGUACCGGAAUGCUUUCAUGCUGUACCGCCUAGCCACGAUGUUCUCCCAAAAUGAUCUAAUUGAUCGCCUUCAGAGGUACGAGCGCCUCAAUGCGGGCAACUCGUACGGUUUUGAUUCCCCUCAGCGGCAAGUCAACAUGAUGAACAAAUCCCUUUCCCCUGGCGUUCACUGGAGUCCGGUUGUUGGUACUCACUUUCCAAAGCUGUUUAGCGAGACCAUGAAGUUGCAAAUGGAAAACUUCUUGCUCCUGAUUAGCAUGAGUCGGAAUUCUAUUCACAGAGAUAUGGCUGCUCUUCGAAAUCAGAUAGCCGAGAAACAGCGAUCAAACGGAUUUCUUAUUAAUUUCUUCAAUAAGCUUUUCGGGGAAAGCACCCAGGACGAAGUGACACUACACGAAUUCAGUCGAAUACCAGAAGUGCUUCGUCAGUGCAUAGACGCUUUUUGUCGAACCUUUAAUGUUGAUCAAGCGAAUUUGUCUUUACAUGAGAACAUGCCCGAGGAAACUUGUGCGCCAGCCUCCGCGGUCCCUUUACAAAAAUUUAGUUUCUUUGACGACAGCGACUCGUUAGAUACUUCAAAGAUAAACCCGCAUCAAAUGUCGUUGAAUGCCUCCAAUAUUCAGGCCACCAUUGAUCCGGCGCAAAUGCCCGUCCGAACAAACGAAGUGAAGCCCCUAGUUAGGCUACUAUAUUGCCUUUCGGAAAAAAUCAACAAAAAGUAUGGCAGCCAAAUCCAAGCAUACUAUACUCGCGAUGACUACUGUGGCAAGGUUGCAAGGCAGCUGUUGUAUGCCCCCAUGACGGAGCAGUGGUUUGACAAGCGUGCUGGAAACACCGUCCUCUGCGAAAGGUUGGUUCCUCCUCGUGUCUGUCUGCGGCAGCUUGGCUCCCUUCCCGUUCUCGCAACGAUCGGUUUAACGCUGCUUAUUGGACAAGUGCUUUGGGGUUCCCCGAUCUUGGGCCUCAUCCUUUUGAGCUCUUUAGUCAUUGGCUAUAACCUGCUGUUGGCGCUGUUUUCAUAGAUCUGAUUAUAGUUGUGACUUUUAUAUAUGUAUUUGUAUAAAACUAAAGAAACUACGAUUACA